AUGUACGAGCUCGCCAACUCCCUCGUCUCCUUCUCUUUCCUUUGCCUGGCACAGCUGCUCAUGGGACUCGCUAGCAACAGCGACCCCAUGAUGCUGCUGCUUGCCUGGUCCUUCCAUUCUCGGCAGAUGGUCUUUCUUCUCGGGUCCGACGCGGCUUGCGCGCUCAUCGUUCUGGUGGUCUUUAUCUCCGAAUUCCUCUGGAUUGGCAUCGAAUGGACUGGCGAUAUUCGCGGCAUCCCGCUCGGAGUCCUCCUUGACUCCAUCCUCACCCGGGAAGCCAAUAUCACCGCCUCUGCCAUGCUGCAGCUUCCCCUGCCGUUGGACGGGGAACUGCAGUAG